AUGGAAAUGCUACUGAAGCAAAACCCCAGAGCCCUGCAAAGAUCCUUGCAGAAAGGGCGAGAGAAUCUUCCAGAUCACCGGCGCAAAGCUGGGAGACGUCACGCCAUCCGCGAGCCCACACCCCCGUGGGCUUAUCGCAGCAGCAGCAAAGGCCCGGAGGGGAACAAGAGCAGCAGUACAUGUCCUGGUCACAAUCUUCUUAACAGUAGCCAGCUGCUACCACCUGACGCCACUGGCACCCUGACGGAUUUGGUAUCUACCCCAGCAGAGGCCCAAGUUUGCUCCUCUGGGUUCGUGGAAACCCCAUUGGACUCCCCAACCGCGGCUAGUUUAUUGAAAAGAUCCAACGGCAGAGUUCCUUCCACCUCUUCUAUCUGCCCGGAUGGCCGUGGGCGCCUGAAAUUUGGGCUGCAAUAUGUGGAAAACCUACAGGAGCUCUGGGUCUUCAUUGAGAGGUGCCAGGGAUUGAGGGUGGGUGGUGGAAAGAGAGGGAAGCCCAAUCCAUACGUGAUGGGCUUCCUGCUCCCUUGGGACCUCAGGAUAAGAAAGACCGCCGUCCAAAAGGCAACGCGGGACCCCGUCUUUCAGGAACAACUCCUAUUUCCAGCGGAGAAGGCUCUGCUCAAGACCAAAAGGCUGAACCUCUCUGUCUGGCACCAGGUUCCCUUUGAGCCCAACCGCUUCCUUGGACAGGUGAAUGUUGACCUGGAAAAGUGGAACUUUGACAAUGGGUGUAUGCUCUGUCUCUCUUCGCCGGGGUCCCGCCUUUGCUCGCUCUACUUUGCCGGCGCCGUAAACGUGGCCACCAGCUUCCUCAUGCACAAGAAGAUCUGGUUUGAUAAGUUCAAGUACGACGAUGCCGAGAGGAGGUCCUACGAACAGAGGAACGGUCCGGUCUGCAGCCCUUCGUGCCCACAGAGUGGGACCAGCACCUCUUCAGCGGGGCCCUCCGGGGACCCGAAUGAGCCAGUGGCCAGGAUUGCAUGUCUGGAGAUGGAGAACCUGAACCUUCGUAACGUGGUUACGGACCUCCAGCUGGCCAUCUGCAGACUGGAAACUCGCCUGAGCAUGCUGGGAAGGACAUCGACCUCUCAUCGGCCAUCCCAGAUGCCCCCCCCCCCACAGCAUGUCACCCCCAUGAAGAAAUUCGAUCCGCUCCCCACCCCUUCGAGGAAAAUGGAGCUGCCCGGGUCUUCGCUUGCACAGCAGGCCGAGCCCUCCACCGCCGCCAAGGAGGACGACGGCAUUGACCUCUUCGGCAGUGAUGACAAGGAGGAAGACCGGGAGGUUGCCAGAGUUCGGGAAGAGCGGCUCCGGCAAUACUCGGAGAAGAAGUCCAAGAAGCCUGGCCUGAUUGCCAAGUCCUCCAUCCUCCUGGACGUCAAGCGCUGGGUUGACGAAACUGACACGCCCAAGAUGGAGGAGUGGGUCCAAACCAUUCAGAUGGACGGUCUGGUCUGGGGAGCCUCCAAGCUGGUCCCGGUGGGCUAUGGGAUCAAGAAACGCCAGAUCCAGCUCGUGGUGGAGGAUGACAAGGUUGGGACAGAUAGACUGGGGGAGGAGAUCACCAAAUUAAAAGACUCUGUGCAAAGUGUUGACAUCGCUGCCUUCAACAAGAUACAACAGCAAACCCUUAUUACACUUUCUGAAGCCUAG